GCAUGUACACAGGAAGUGAGGAGAUAUCACUCUGUAUUUUUCUCUGAUGAUUUUCCAACUGGUAUACUAAGACAUGGGGCAAGAAAACAAAUCCACCACAGAUUUCAUUCUCCUGGGCCUCUUUUCUGACUCUCAGCAUCCUGGCUUUCUUGUUGCCAUUGUCCUCAUGAUUCUCAUGGUGGCCAUCACUGGAAACUCUGUCCUGGCCUUGCUGAUCUGGGGUGAUGCUCACCUCCACACACCCAUGUACUUCCUGCUCAGCCAGCUCUCCUUCAUGGACCUGACACUCAUCUCCACCACUGUCCCCAAGAUGGCUGCCGACUUCUUCUCAGGACACAGAGGUAUCUCCCGCACUGGCUGUGGAGUCCAAAUCUUUCUUUACUUGAUGCUAGGAGUGGCUGAGUGUGUUCUCCUGACCCUCAUGGCCUUUGACCACUACUUGGCCAUUUGUAGCCCCCUGAGAUACCCAGUCUUCAUGACCUCCAGUGUCUGUGUGCAGAUGGCUGCCAGCUCAUGGGCUGGGGGUGUUCUUGCCUCCUUAAUGCACACAAUUUAUGCCAUGCACUUUUCUACCUGUGGCUCCAGGAAAAUUCACCAUUUAUAUUGUGAAGUCAUGGCCCUUCUGAAGCUCUCUUGUGAGGACACUUCCACCUAUGAGAAGGUGAUCUUAGCGUCAGGCAUUGUUUUCCUUCUUAUCCCUUUUGGACUCAUCCUGACCUCCUACACUCUCAUCUUCCUCGCUAUCCUCCACAUGAGCUCCCGCGAGGGCAAGAAAAAAGCUCUGGCCACGUACUUCUCUCACCUUGGUGUGGUAAGCCUCUACUUUGGUCCAGCCAUGAUUAUCUACAUGUCCCCAGGUUCCUCCCUCUCCCCAGAGGUGGACCAACACCUCUUUGUGUUUGAUGCCAUCAUUACUCCUGCACUGAACCCCCUAAUCUACAGCCUGAGGAAUAAGGAGGUGGUGGGGGCUCUGAAGAAGGUGCUGGGGAGAAUGCUGAUGGUUAAACAGGAAAGAAGUUGA